GUCACAAUGAUCCAGCUCCAUGUCAUUGCCCAGUCUGCCAUGGAUUCCAUCUUAUACUGGCUAUGGAUACAAAUACUGCAAAACUGGAUCCAGGUGGCCGUUUUCCUGGCACUGUGCCAUCUGAUAGAUAUAAAGCCCCAUGGCUCUCUGCUGUCUAUGCUGUAAGUAUUAACACACGGCUUACACAACUCGUCCCCCAUUAUACCGGCAUUGGACAAUUUCUGGGAAUUAUGGUGAUAUUUAAAUGUCAUAACAUAGAAACAUAGAAACACAGAAUGCGACGGCAGAUAAGAACCAUUCGGCCCAUCUAGUCUGCCCAAUUUUCUAAAUACUUUCAUUAGUCCCUAGCCUUAUCUUAUAGUUAGGAUAGCCUUAUGCCUAUCCCACUCAUGCUUAAACUCCUUUACUGUGUUAACCUCUACCACUUCAGCUGGAAGGCUAUUCCAUGCAUCCACUACCCUCUCAGUAAAGUAAUACUUCCUGAUAUUAUUUUUAAACCUUUACCUCUUUAAUUUAACAUUAUGUAUUCUUGUUGUGGUGGUUUUUCUUCUUUUAAAUGUAUUUUUUAUUUAUUUUUUUACCUUAUGACCUCUCCUGAACAUUUCAUUUCAGAACAUCAUAUAAACAGUCUGAGUUUUAAACAAUAAAUAGUAACACUAUUCCAGUGAAACACACAGAAAAUCAAAGGUGCUCAAAACACCUUAGUGAGUUUCCCUUUACCCUCACAACAAACUAAAAUGCCAUACAGUAUAAGGUGGCUAAACAUGCCUUCACUACUGUUUUUUUUACACUUUUAUUUAUAAUCAUUUGUGAACGUUCAAUAAAGCACUUUACACCUACACCUACCUUUGAGAGGAUAUUUGACUACUCAAAACCUCCUGGCCGUAUAAAGAAGGUAGUGUGGACCUAGAUAUCCCACAAAUCUGGAACAUUGAGCCUAAUCUAUUUCCAGGAGAGUCCCUUUAAUGUUCUCGGUAUUUGACCUGUUCUGAGGUCAUGGUUUAUAAACUGGAGUUAUUCACUGUGUGGACAGUGUGCCCCUGGGCUUUAAGCUAAUAGUUCUUCAAGGUGAUUCUCCCAAGGAACACGUAAAGUACCAGGGAAGAGGAUAGUUAGAGGAACCCAGGAGCUUGCAUUCAAUCCGACACAGGUUUACACAGGACAGGAGUGAAGACAGGGCAGGUAAAUACAUAAGAAAUUAGAAUAUUCAGAAUAACAGCCAAGGCCAUUGUGAAGCUUCUAUUUCAGCAGCUAAAUUGUAAAUUCAGAUUUGAUUGCCACACCCUCGAGCGCUCGGGAAGCAUUAACUCAGACAGACAUCAAGCAAAGCUGAAUUACUACUUACAUUUUUUACGUAUAAGCAUACAGUUUAUAUAAGCUCGCACCUUACGCAAUCCACCGAAUGUAAAAAUUAACUUCUUCACCUUAAAAAGACAGGCACUAAAAUAAGUUAGAGUUCAUAUCUAAAAAGGUUUUGUUUUCCAGACAAUAGGAAAAGUAACCACAAAACAUUUCACAAGUUUAAACUUCCAGCAAAGUGGGUGUAAAUAAUGUCAUCUUAAUGUGAUUUGAGCAGAGAGCAUGAUAUAUUGAUAUAUUAACCUAUGGAGACUGUAAGCUCGUUUGAGCAGGGUCCUCUUCAAUCUAUAGUUCCUGUAAUUGUACUAUUUAUAGUUAAAUCCCCCCUCUCAUAAUAUUGUAAAGCGCUACGGAAUCUGUUGGCGCUAUAUAAAUGGCGAUAAUAUUAACCCUUUUAGGCGAGGGUUCAAUGGUACUCGGGUCAUGAUGUAGAGUAGGCCAUCGCUGGGAGACACAAUGAAUACAUUGCUGUGUUCUAAAAAGAGCAGGGUUUCACCUUCCAGCCUGGCUCUCCAGUGGGUGUUACUGCAUAAAACACUGUCUGGACCUGAAAGCAGUAAAUGUAUUGUGAUAAACAUUGCCUGGUCUGUGCAAUCAUUAUGCUCUGCUAGACUAGAACACAGGUUUUAAUAACGUGUAUGAUCUAGUGCCUGGUGUGCGACUUUAAUCUCAUUAUCUUUUAUUUAAUAGAAGGAAUAUCGUGGACAGUAAAACACUGAAAUGUCCCGUGCAGGAAUCCAGGUAAAUAUCAUUAUAGAAGACAUUGAAAUGAUACGUUGUGUACUGUCACUGGAUCAAUCUAAUGGUGGAAAAAUUCUGCUCUGUUUGUGUAGCAGCCCGAGGAGCACGGCUGUCAGCGUGGAAGAAACAUCACAAGACGCUAAAGUGAGUGAAAAUAAAACUCCAAUAAUCAGAGAGCAUGAUGGUCCAAAGGCUGUAAGAGCUGAAGGGAAGGAGACCGGGGUGGAAGACGCCCAGAAUUUGAAGACACGACCUGAGGGCAUUAAGAAGGAAGACACGACAAGUGCUGAACAUUCUGGAAAUGUGGGUAUCUCUACUUUCCCCCCAAAAAGCCCAUCGAGCACUCGUUCAAAGCGACGCAGAAGGAGAAGAAAGAAGCAAUCUCUGACUGAUGAUAGCUUCGUAUCUCAGGUCCAUGAAACGUCGCACACCAAGAUUACUGAGCGCCUGAGGGCUCUGUCAGCAGUAAAGUUUGGUAAGUGAUAUCCCAUAAUAACUCUGAGUUUAUACCAAGAUAUUACUGACCUUUUAAAAGACACAUUUUCUGAACAGAAUAUUUCUAAUACCAGCAGAGCAUCCGGAAACCUUCAACAAGAGAGUCUAGAUUUAUCAAGACAAAACUACGGCUAAUAUUUGAGACCGAAUUCUAGCUUUAGGCCUAUCUCAUAAAAUUUGGCAUAGAAUAUACUAAUACGAUGCAAGAAUAUAGAUCCUAAAAAAUCUCGCACAAGGCUCCGACAGGGUUUGCUGGUUUUCCGUUUAGCUUCUGAGAGUAGGGACAGACAUAACUGUGGAAAAUCAAUGUGUGAGGUUUAUUUAGCCAAUGUGAAUUUUGGGGAAUUGACAAAGAAAGUGAAAACAAUUUAGCUAGAUCUUUCCUUAUCUGUUAGUUUUCUAGGUUUUGCCCUUUAACAUAACAUUAUUUUGUUUAAAAACUUACAUUUUCCCCUUGUUAAGAUUUACUUCCAGUUUCCGUUCACUUCCACAAUUUGUUUUCAUUCAGCAUCUUAAUUAUCAUCUAAUGGCGGGGUACUGUCUGUGUGCGUGUCAAUGUUUAAUAGCGGGGUAAUAUCUGUGUGCGUGUCAAUGUUUAUCUAAUAGUGGGGUAAUGUUUGUGUGCGUGUUAAUGUUUAUCUAAUAGCAGGGUAAUAUCUGUGUGCGUGUCAAUGUUUAUCUAAUAGCUGGGUAAUAUCUGUGUGCGUGUUAAUGUUUAUCUAAUGGCGGGGUAAUAUCUGUGUGCGUGUCAAUGUUUAUCUAAUAGUGGGGUAAUGUUUGUGUGCGUGUUAAUGUUUAUCUAAUAGCAGGGUAAUAUCUGUGUGCGUGUCAAUGUUUAUCUAAUAGCUGGGUAAUAUCUGUGUGCGUGUUAAUGUUUAUCUAAUGGCGGGGUAAUAUCUGUGUGCGUGUCAAUGUUUAUCUAAUAGUGGGGUAAUGUUUGUGUGCGUGUUAAUGUUUAUCUAAUAGCAGGGUAAUAUCUGUGUGCGUGUCAAUGUUUAUCUAAUAAUGGGUAAAUGUUUGUGUGCGUGUCAUUGUUUAUCUAAUAGCUGGGUAAUAUCUGUGUGCGUGUUAAUGUUUAUCUAAUAGCGGGGUAAUAUCUGUGUGCGUGUUAAUGUUUAUCUAAUAGUGGGGUAAUGUUUGUGUGCGUGUUAAUGUUUAUCUAAUAGCGGGGUAAUAUCUGUGUGCGUGUUAAUGUUUAUCUAAUAGCGGGGUAAUAUCUGUGUGCGUGUUAAUGUUUAUCUAAUAAUGGGGUAAGAUCUGUGUGCGUGUUAAUGUUUAUCUAAUAGCGGGGUAAGAUCUGUGUGCGUGUUAAUGUUUAUCUAAUAGCGGGGUAAUAUCUGUGUGCGUGUUAAUGUUUAAUAGCGGGGUAAUAUCUGUGUGCGUGUUAAUGUUUAUCUAAUAAUGGGGUAAUGUUUGUGUGCGUGUUAAUGUUUAUCUAAUAGCGGGGUAAUAUCUGUGUGCGUGUUAAUGUUUAUCUAAUAAUGGGGUAAGAUCUGUGUGCGUGUUAAUGUUUAUCUAAUAGCGGGGUAAGAUCUGUGUGCGUGUUAAUGUUUAUCUAAUAAUGGGGUAAUGUUUGUGUGCGUGUUAAUGUUUAUCUAAUAGCUGGGUAAUAUCUGUGUGCGUGUUAAUGUUUAUCUAAUAGCUGGGUAAUAUCUGUGUGCGUGUUAAUGUUUAAUAGCGGGGUAAUAUCUGUGUGCGUGUUAAUGUUUAUCUAAUAGCGGGGUACUGUCUGUGUGCAUGUCAAUGUUAAUCUAAUAGCGGGGUAAUGUUUGUGUGCAUGUCAAUGUUUAUCUAAUAGUGGGGUAAUAUCUGUGUGCGUGUCAAUGUUUAUAUAAUACCGGGGUAAUAUCUGUGCGCGUGUUAAUGUUUAUCUAAUAGUGGGGUAAUAUCUGUGCGCGUGUCAAUGUUUUUAUCUAAUAGCAGGGUAAUGUUUGUGUGAGUGUUAAUGUUUAUCUAAUAGCAGGGUAAUAUCCUUGUGCGUGUUAAUGUUUUAUCUGAUAGUGGGGUAAUGUUUGUGUGCGUGUCAAUGUUAUAGCGGGGUAAUAACUGUGUUAUGUUUUAUCUAAUAGCAGGGUAAUAUCUGUGCGCGUGUCAAUAUUUGUCAAAUUGUUAUUUUAGAGAAAAGCUUGUUUCAAGGAAUAUCCUUGAUUUAUUAACAAAAGAAAAACCUCAUUGUUUACUUCAAAAACUGUGGGUUCUAGAAAUGUUAUAAGUUUCUAAUCCUGCUGUAAUUCAAAAUAUUGUCAUUUGCAUUAUGUACUGUGUUGUUUUUUUUUGUUUUUUUUUGGAAAUAUCCAUCAAAAUAUCAUUUGGAAUUAUAAAUAUAUAUUAUUUUGUUGCAGGUAACAGAUUUAUCUUCUUGUUUAUCAUUAUUUCGAUGGUGUUCGUCUUCGAUAAUGCAAACUGUGAGUACAUUGCAAACUCGCUACUAUAGAUUUCGGCUUUGAAACCAAAAAUGAAACUACAAAUUUCAGAGUAAGAUGGAUGGGUCUAUAAGUUUGUAAAUCUUUUCAGUUUCCGCUAAACGUGUGACUUUGUAUUUAGUUUUGCAUAAUUCCGCUUUUAGCAAAUAAACCUAAAUUUAUAAAUCUGGAUAAAUGAGGACUAAUAUAGCACAACACAGUUCUCCUCUCUCUGGAAACACCACAAUUUAAUAUUUUUAAAUACACUUUUUAAAUGAUUUUUGCUAAAAAUUUGAAAUAUAUAAAUAUAUCAAAUAUAUCGCUAUAUAAAUAAUUUUUUUUUCUUAAACUAUUAAAUAACUUGACAAGCUUAUACAAAACAUUAAAACAGGACAUAAAUCACAAUAAUAAGUGUACCUGUAAUUAGAUGAGAUCAGGCUGGGUCAAUAUAAUAAGGAAGUUAGUGAUUAAUGCAAUCAUUUAUUGUACUUUAAGGGAUAUCGUUAAAACCCCCAGAUGGACAAUAAAUACUUAUAGAAAUACUCUAAGCACCAAAACAACUUUAGUUUAAUGAAUCCGUAUUGGUGUAUAGAUCAUGCAGCCACAGUCUCACUGCUUAAAGGGACACUCCAGGCACCCAGACCACUUCUGCCCAUUGCAGUGGUCUGGGUGCCAACUCCCACCACUCUUAACCCUGCAAGUGUAAUUAUUGUAGUUUUUUUAUUUAUUUUUUUUAUAAACUGCAAUUAUUACCUUGCAGGGUUAACUCCACCUCUAGUGGCUGUCUACUAGACAGCCACUUGAGGGCAUUUCCUCCUUCAUAGCACAGGAAACCUGUGCUAGAGCGUCGCUGGACAUCCUCACGCUGUGUGAGGACCUCCAGCGCCGCUCAUUUCCCCAUAGGAAAGCAUUGAAAUGCAUUUUCAAUGCUUUCCUAUGGGGAGCGGUAAUGCGCAUGCGCAUUAUGUCUCCCCAGCCGGUGGGCAGGAUCAGUCUCACCGACCGACUCAGUCAGAAGGAGGAGCGGCGCAGAGAGAGAAGCAGCGAUGUGGGACAUCGUGGCAGCCUCAGGUAAGUUACUGAAGGGGUUUUCACCCAUUCAGCAACCGAGGAUUGGGGGGUGGGAGGGAGAGGGAACCUGCAGUGCCAGGAAACUGGAUUGUUUUCCUGACUCUGGAGUUUACCUUUAAUUCUCUUCCAUUUAAAUAUAUAUAUUUUCUGUUUAUGCAGCCCUAGUCACACAUCGCCUGGCUGUAACUGACAGUCUGCAUGAAAACAAAAUGGUUUCAUUUUUAGUCAGAUGUUAACUAGCUUUAACCCCAUAAGGACCAAACCUCUGGAAUAAAAGGCAAUCAUGACAUGUCACACAUGUCAUGUGUCCUUAAGGGGUUAAAAGUUGGACGGUAUUACCGUCUUUUGGAAGUCGGUUGGGGAGACCAUAAGGACUAUAGUGGGUAAACAUCUUCCAGGAGGUAGAAGCCUUCCUACUUUUCAGAGUGGACACACCCCUAACUAAAUUAAACUGCUCCAUGAUUUACUUCAUACUCACAGCCGGAAGGCCACAAUUACAAUGCAAUGGAAAACUAAGCAGGCACCGACUAAGGGGGAAUGGUUCAUGAAAAUAGAACACUAUCGAGUUCUUGAAGAACUAAGAUGGCACUCGCUAGGCAACUAUAAUAAAUACACAUUCAUAUGGCAACCAUGGUUAACCUACAUGACAUCCACACACCACCGAGAACCAACAGGUGCAGACACAUAAAGGGGGACAUCUACUAUACAGUUACUUUGGGCCUAGAUCCCUACACGUCUAUUUAGGCUACAGGACCGAUAAUAUACAAUAUAUCGAAAGCAGCACAACUGCCACAUGUACCAGUCUAACAGUCACUUUAUGAUUAUAUUGUUAAAACCUUCAAAUCUGAGUGACUACGUAUCAUGAUGUGAUGUUUCUAUAUCAUUUCUGUCAUACUGUGUCAGAAUUAUGUAAACAAAAUCCCACCCUACAUUGUCUUGUGCAAAAUGUAACACUGGUGUAUACUCUGAUGCAUCAUGACUUGAUACUCAAAUAUCAUUAAAAAAAAAAAAAACACAACGUGCUUUAGAGGUUUUCUCCUGCUCCAUAAAUCAAACUUUAAUUUCAUACAGCAGGCUCCUACAGGGUGUAGCAAGAUAUUAACAGAGAAAGAGAUAAGAAAUUCUAAAUUAAACAUAACUCGUAAUAAAGGAAGUGUAAACAUUGGAUGCUUCUUUACAGGAAGUGUUUAGGAAGGCUGUGUAAGUCACAGGCCAGGAGGUGUGACUAGGGCUGUAUAAACAAAGUGAUUUAACUCCUAAAUAACAGAGGAUUGAGCAGUGAGAAUGCAGGGGUAUGAUCUAUACAUCAAAACUGCUUCAUUCCGAUAAAGUUGUUUUGGUGCCAAUAGUGUCCCUUUAGAUUUGGGUGCAGUCAGACUUGGUGGAUAACUGGUGACAUUGGAUGGAAUAAUAAGAAAGGGAAGAGUUGCAGCAGUAAAAGCUGUUAAACUGUUAUAGUAGGGUAAUGUUGAAUAGGGUGAUAUACAGGAUCGUCUUUAAGGAGGGGCAAAAGGGGCAGCUGCCCCGGGCCCAGUUACUCCUGGGGGCCCUAAGGCAGCUGCCCCACGGGCCCCCUGCGGCACCUGAGGUAAUCAGGAGCCACAGCCCUUUAAUACUGCUCUGGACCGGCCCGGGCCCCUGUUUAUAUUGGGGGUGGCUGACUACAUACUCACAGCUAGCCCCCUCACAUACUGCCCUGUGAGUCUUUGUUUCCUGGGCAUGCUGGGAGGCAGUGAGGUCAGAUUGCUUCCUCCCAGUAAGAACUGAUCACUUCCUCCUCAGUGCCGCUGGGGAGGAGGCACACACCACAUGGAGGAGGAUGCAAGCAUUGUGGGGGAGAGGGACUGAGAAAGCUGAUGGCAGACUCCCAUCAGCCUGGGCCAACAAGCUCUCACUGGACCCCAGGGAAGCCACCUUUCUGUACCCAAAAUGUAAGGGGACAGGAGGGUGGCUAAAUAUGUUUUGUUUUUUGUUUUGCUAAUUUCUGAUAUCACUUUUAUUCAAGUGUUGGUGUUUGUAAUGUAACACACAGGGAAUAAGUACAUGUUAAAAAUCCUAGAAGAACCUGACAGUUCCCUAUUAAAUAUAAAUUUUAAAAGUAUUUAUUUUAACAUAUUAUUGCAUCAAGUGUUAUCAAAGGCUGUAUACCAUUUUCAAAUGUCACUUUUGCCAAAUUCUGGACCAGGGUAUUGUGAUAAAGUGAAGGCAGAUAGGCCUUUUAACCCCAGGGGGAGUAUGUGUAGUUUGUGUUUUGCACAACACAAAGCAUUGUUUAGUUAUGGGCCCCUGGGGUGGAGCAUUUGGAGAGAAGGGUGGGCUCCACUCCAGUUUAGUGGUUUUCUGGGGAGACAUGGAUCCAGGCCAGGGUUUUUUUUGGAUCGUCUCCAACCCACUGCUCAGCUGCAGUUAAUGAGCUGUUGCAGUGGGAAUAAACUCCUCCCUGCUAGGCAGGUAAAGGGGGAUUGCUGGCUUCCUCCCAGGAAGCAGGUAGGAGAGAGAGGCUGUUCUCUCCAGAUAGUCAAGGAGACUAGGCACUGGGAGUGCAGAUGGAAGCAGUCAAGGCUGGCUUGGAGGCACUGGGAGUGCAGAAAGGAAACAGUCAGGGCAAGGCUGGCUUGGAGCACUGGGAGUGCAGAAAGCAAAGCAGUCAGGGCAAGGCUGGCUUGGAGCACUGGGAGUGCAGAAAGGAAAGCAACAUGCUAGCCAGCAGAGUGUUGCUAACUAAUAAGGUUGGUGCCAUAUGUUUUGUUAGUUUAACCCUGAGAGAGAGGGACGUUCAAAGUGAGUUAGUGCUCAGACGUAGCUAGGUUUUUGUUUAUAGGGUUUUGUGUUACAUUUAUGUUUUAAUUUACUGCUGUAUCCUGUGUGGAUUUGCAAAUAAAGUGCCUGGAGUAUAUGCAACUACAAGGACUGUGCAUGUUUUUGCCCUAGAGGACCGUGCUACCUGCAAACAAGGAUCACAGUGUGUAAGAACAGAGUUGAGACAUUAUAUUGGCCAAGAUUGCUGGGAGUUGCUGUCCAAGAGCUGCUAGAAGGCAGAUAUUAAAAUAUGUAAAUGUACACAUUUAUGUGUGUGUAUCUGGCUGUGUUUAUGUCCUUGUGUGUAUCUGGCUGUGUUUGUCUGUGUGUCAGUGUUUCUGUGUGUAUGUAUACCUCAUACACCUGUAUGUGCACUGGUGUGUGUGUGUAAGUGUGCAUCUGAGUGUGUGGUAAUGCAUACAGCCCAGCAUUUUAAUGCCAACACAAAUACACUCCUACAUUCCAUCUCUAGCACUGUACACAUAUACACCCCUGCAUUUAUACCUUUAUGUAUGUGUGUGUGUGUGUAUACCUGUGCCAGUGUGUGUAUAUCAAAGUGCUUGUAUCUGUGUGUCAAAGGGUGUGUGUAUGUGUCAAGGUGUGAGCAUGUGUGUAUCUGCGUGUUAAUGUGUAUAUAUGUUAUAGAAAUCACACAACAUGCAAACAGACCCCUGCAAACACAAACAUUACAAACACACCAGUUUGCUGAAACACUAAUACUACACACAAAUGUACACAUGUAUUUAAAAGACACUACAUCCAAACACCCCCCUGCAUGCAAAUACAAACAUUACAUGCAAACACAUUCCUGUAUUAAAACGCUAAAAUUAUAUACAAACACCAACUCUACACACAAAAGUACACCUGCAUUUAAAAGCCAGCACUACAGACAAUCACACAUCCCUGCAUUAAAAUGCAAACACUACACACAAGUACACCACUGCAUUCCAAUGGUAACAGUACAUACAAAUACACUCCUACAUGCACAAAUACACUCUAUACAAUAACAUGCUGACAUUCAAUUGCACAAACACUGCUCAAAAAUACAACCCUGCAAGGAUGGUAGAUCCCCAGCUGGCAUAGCAUGGCAGGAGUUGUAUGACAGAUGGGGAUCUAUCUUUUCUUUACUCUUGUGCUACAGGGCAGGCCUGAAUUAUAAUUUUUUUUGCACCAAGGCACUCUCUACAUUAGUUUCGCCUCUAGGUUGGGGUGGAGGGAGUGAUUGCAUGCCCAGGGGGCCCAAACAGAUGCUUGCCCAGGAUCCAAUCAAUAUUAAAGACGGCCCUGGUGAUAUAGGUGGUGGUAGCAGGACUUGUGAUGUUCUAUUUUGUGACAUUGUUUGAAAAUGAGAUACAUGAGGCUGAGAGAACGGUAGGCUGGAGCCAGUUGUUCGGGUUUGGGGAGAGGCGGAUGUGAGAAUUAAUUCAUGUAAGGACUUUUGAAGCUGCAAGCCGGCAGCGCACCCAGUGACACAGUAAUGUGUGGAGUUAGAGGGUGCGUGUUCCGAGUGACUCAGUAAUGGGUGGAGUUAGAGGGUGCGUGUUCCGAGUGACUCAGUAAUGGGUGGAGUUAGAGGGUGCGUGUUCCGAGUGACAUGGCGAUAGUCACACAUUUCAUUUUCACUAAUCCUGUACUCUUCCUCCCGCAGGCUCUCCAGCACCCAGUGUAAAGUCUGUAAAUCAGAAAUAUGAAUUCUGCAACAAUUCUUUGAACCUGGCAAACAGACACAUGAUUGUUAUCAUGCAUAUGAAGACCGUUUGCAGUUCCAAGCAAAUAAUAUUUAAGUGUACAUUAAAAGGUUUUACAGCGUACCUUCACAAUGAGUCCUGCGUUUACAUGCAAACACCAGACGAGUUCAUUAAAACUUAUCACCUGGAAUAUGGAAAUAGAGGGGAAUUCAUUAUAUCUACACCCAUAGGUAGGUUGCCAAUCACAUCACAAAUAUGUGCUCAUGUAUCUACCUCUCCAUGUCUGUCAUUAUCUGUCAUCACCCAACACUCAAUGUUUGUCAUUAUCUGUCAAUCUGUUAUCAUCCAACUCUCAAUGUCUGUCAUCACCCAACGCUCACUGUCUGUCAUCAUCUGUCAACACUCAACGCUCAAUAGCAAAUAGUUAAAAAUAAAAAACCUUGGUGUAGUGAUUCAAUCUACCGAACAACCGCACAAAUGAAUAGACCACCUGGGAGCUGGAGUGUGCCGGCAAUUAGCCUCCCAGAAGCUGCGGUUAACCGCAGCUUAAUUGACGAAUACUGGGUAGCCGCCAUUCGUAUGACGAACACAAGGUCGCGGCCAUUUUAAACCCGCGAACGCACAGCGGUGUUCGACACCUAACUCAUGGAACUAAAAUCGGACACAGUUUGGCGCGAACACCGCUGAAGCCGCCAACCUCCUUUCUUGUUCGGCGGGAGUGCACAAACUGCCCUGUGUUCGGGAAUUUUACCUGACUAUGUUAUACCCCAGAUAGGAAUCCCGUGGAGCCCAUUCGUAUGAGAACUGACUUUGUGGGCACUUUGGCUCCAUGGCGAUUAAACUGUAUUCGUGUGGUCUGAGCGCCAUUCGCUUAAUAAUGUGCGCUCAGACCUGAGCUAUCUGGGGAUAGGUUAAAUGUAUGAUUUUAAUGUUAUGUGUCUUGCAUGGUAUAUUUUAAUAGUAAUUCUUGUGUUAGUAUCCCAGCGUGCAUAAUGGCGAUUUGCCUUUGUCCUGGGAGAUAAUUGAAUUACUUCUCAAUUAUCUCCAGGGCAGAGAGGAGGAAGCCAGGAUGCAUUAUGGGAAUGUAAUGUGACUGUCUGUUCUGUUUUUCUGAUCGUCUGUCUUUUGUCCGUCUCCCAUUUGAUUUCCUAGGGGAGUGUACACCAGGUGGGAGACCUGCAUAAAUACUGGGCAGGUAGCCCUCAUUAAACAGACCACUGCUUGACCCUCAACACGGAGCCUUGUCAGAUGAGUCUUUGGGGGGAUUUACUGUAUGCUGAUAGAGACUGACUGCUAGGAGUGUAAGCCGCUUGGAGGCUUUUCCUAUUCGUCUACUAGCAGCUAUUCGUAUGGUUCCAGUUCGGGAGUUUGGAGUGCUAUAUUGUAUGCAGUUCGGGAGAUUGGAGCAUUCCCUUACAUGCGGUUCGGGACUUUGGUGUUCUACAGUAGCUGUGCCUGCAUCUCUGAAAGGGGACGAUCGCCUAAACGGUUUUAACCCCUUGUGUGCUGAAACGGUCAGUUACAGCUAUGUUUAUAAAAAAAAUGGGUUAACCCUAGCUGGACCUGGCACCCAUACCACUUCAUUAAGCUGAAGUGGUCUGGGUGCCUAGAGUGGUCCUUUAAUGUAUUAAGGUACUUUUGGGGUGUUUGUUUUUUUGGUUUUUUUUUAUUAUUUUUUUUUGUGCCUGGAGAUAAUUGAGUUUAAUACAGUGCUUGACUCAAUUAUCUCCCAGGCACAGAGGAGGGAUUAUCUUGUUUUGUAUGGGAAUGUCCUGGACCUGAGAGCCAAUGUAAUCAUGUGUGUGUUUUUACUGUAGUCUACUCUCAGGUCCAGGGGGGAGUGCCCCUUGCAUGGGGACCUGCAUAUAAGGCCAGUUGUGGCUGCCAAUAAACGUAUUCCUGCUUGUACUCUCAGAACUAGGUGUUGUCCGGUUACUGGGAGGGGAAAGGGCUAAUCACUGUUCCAGCGUGGAGGAUUCAACAUGGAAAGUCCUGGUAAGGACUAGAGCUCCCAGGACUGAGUGUCGUCCAGUGCCUGGGGGUUGCUAGGGCGAAUUCUCCAUUCGGCCCCAGGAGGGAGUGGUUCCAGGGCCCCAGUCCAGUCACGGCAACUGAGGGCUAGAGUGCUGAGGUUUGUCCUCUGUUCCAGUUAAUAAGCCGUCCUUGGCAGAGGUACCCAGCCAGGGGUACAGGGAGCUCUGCUACAAUCUUUUACAGCUGGAGCUCUACAUUGGACUUUUCGCCUCCUGGGCUGCCUCUGCCAUUUUGGGAGCAGUGCUUGCACUCGGAUUGGGUCCCUGCGGCUCUGCCACGCUUUCUCUGGGGCGCAGGUGAAUCUCUGGGGGUGGGGGAGAUCGGGGGCCAUGUAUCAGGUUUCCAGCCAUCUCCCACACGCUGACCAAACUUGUAGGCCGCACUUGAGGGUGAGGUGAAAGUGUCAUGAAGCAUCGCUUGUUUGGUACCAGUGUCACUUCUUCUCUGGUAUCCUUUCUGUGAGAUUUUAGCCUCAUUUGUUGUGUAUUUCGGCUGUUUUAGUGUCUUAGAGGAGAAGCUGCUGGAGCAUGCUUCCACUCGGCUCAGCGGUCAGACCUCGCCCCCUCACAUCUUUUUUUUGCUGUUGAUCCGAAAGAAUGCAAAAAUCCAGUUACAUUUUUUUUUCAAUUUUGCAGCAAACUUCUUUACCACAGAAUGGCAGUCAGAUCUCUCCGCAGAUCAGCAUUGUAUUUAUCAUGAGGCUAACAUGGCCUUGGGUUGGCACUUUAACCCCUUAAGGACACAUGACGGAAAUAUUCCGUCAUGAUUCCCUUUUAUUCCAGAAGUUGUGUCCUUAAGGGGUUAAUGAGGGGGUGGAAAGUAAAUGCCUCCCCCAGACACUAGUGUUUGCCUGUCAUGGAGCGCUCGGCUACCUCGCGUGCCACGCAGUGAUGCUGGAAGCCAGACUAUGACGUCACACCGGCCCUGGCAUCCCUAAACGGCACGCCAUGGAACAGCGCAAGAAGAUAACAGCCACAGUAGCCACGCUGGAUCCCAGAGAAAAGAUCCACUCAAUCUUUCCCAAAGGAUAGGGUGAGCUUUUGUUGGGGAUAAGGGUUGCCCUCGAAGGCACAAUAGGUAAGGGCUCAAACAGCCCUACUAUCCCCUCGUUGUUAUCCUUAAGAUUAGGAUCUCUCCACAAUAUUUUAUUUUUGAUCGGUGCCUGUGAUUCCAUUGGAACAAGCGCAUAUUUAACUAUUACCGAGAAGCUGUAGUUAUCUUUGUCACCCCAGUGUUAGAGAGUAUAAUACCGUUGGGAAUUGUAAUUGUCGAUAUAUGUACCACUACUGCAUACCACAACUGUUAUAAGUACACCAAGGCUGUAGACGUUACAAUAAUGUUAUUUUCUGCAACUGUGAAACUGCAGCAACCUUACAUAUUGUAGCUGGUUAGCAAAUCAUCUUUUUGUAUCUAUAUCAAUGACCACUUUUCUACCGUUUUGCUAGUGUUAAUUGGGCAAUAGCUUAGUAGAGCCUUGUACUGUCUACUCAUAAUAUUGUCUGUUGAGAUAAAUUAUCUUGACAUUUCGUCCCCGAUCUUACGAGCUCGAGUGGGUCAUUAGGGAACCAUGACAAUUGCCAUUACCACUAUAUCAAUAUUGUUCUGUAUAAUGACAAUUAAAUAAAAGUCAACUUGUCCACUAUUUUUGGACAUUUUAAUUUAUGAAUUAUUAAGUGAUGUUUUAACGUUUAAUUGUAAUUUAUCUUUUCAGUAUUCCACUUUUUCUAUACAUUUUAUUUUUGCAUUCUCCAAUUCUCUGUUUGGUAUGUCCUUUAAAUAUUAUAUAUAAUAUGUAUGGGUGCACGUAAACAUGGGAAAAUUGUGGUAGAAUGAACGCAUUGCAAAAAUGCCCAUGAGGUCUUGGUCACACACAUGCUGCAUCUCAAAAUAUACUUGGUACUCGUGGGUGAAUACAGUCCGGCCCCGGAGCUUUGUUUAUAUUAACUUUCUUGCUGCUGUAGCACCUUGUCUUGAGUCAUCCAAUUCCAAAAUUUCUGCAAGCAUUUUUGCAGCAAUGAUUUGCAUACGUUUUGCCAUUGGAUCCUCCUUAUUUUUUGCUGAUGAAAAUGCUGUGCCUUUACCUUGUCUUCAUUAAAUAAUGUUUUCCAUGUGUAUCUACACUUACAUGUGUUUUUUUUUUUUUUUUUCUUCAAGAAUUGAUGUAAGUUUAUGGGGUUAGUUUUGCCUUCUUUGGCUAUCACGUUCUCAUUUUAUAGCUUAGCCCAUGAUGAUUCAUUGUAUAAAAGCCUGGGUUAAGUUACUAAUCAGUUGUUUACUACAGUAAUUAUAUUCUUCCUCUGAAAAUCUCUGGGAUAGCUAAAUCGGGUCUGUGCAUGUUUAAACUGAGUGAUUUCUCUCUAACCAAUUCUAACAAACUUUGUAUAUUGUAACAGAUCAACUUAAUGAGAAUGCAUCCGAGAUACCGGGGACCAAUAAGAUGACUGCUUUGGCUCUCAGCAACCGCACAGACUCCAGAAAUGAGACGGAGUUCAGCCGCCAUUCCCUUCCUCAAUUGGCAACCCGUUUAGUUAUUAUACUCGUUGCACUGAUCCUGCCUCCAGCAAUCUUUUUUUUCUACCUCCAUAGGAAAGUUAGGAAUUCUCAGCAAAACACACAUGUUCGGUAAGUCUGAAUCUGCAUCCUACACCCUCCCCGUUUCUCUAGUGAUUUAAAAAUCACCACUAUCCCUCACCCUCUAACAAACCCCACUACUAUCACUGACCUCUCUGCUCAUUGACUCUCUGGGUCCUUCACCAUUUUAAAGGUUUCCCCUCAAAUCCUUCCAUACUUUUCAAAAACUAGGGCUCCGUACCUCGCUUAUCCAAUCCUGUACAUGACCUCUCUACAUCCCUUGCCAUCACCAAAGGCUUCCUAUUAAAGUUCCAUUGAUUUAGAGAGACCCAUUUCUAGCCAAUCCACUUCUUGUUCUGUAUUUAUCUACGGUCAGUAGAUCCGUCCUCCCCAAUCCCUUUUUGACUUGACAAGGUUGUCCGAGAGGCAUGUUUAAUAACUGAUUAGUGGGCCUUUGGGAUGUAGCAUUUAUAUUCAUUCUUAAUAUGUAUUAAUACCUAGGUGAGAGCUUCCGCCAUGUAUCUCCCACUUCUAACUCUUAUACAAAGUUAUAUUUUGAGCACUCCCAUUCCUUUCUCUUCCCUGUAUUGUCCCAUACUGCCAUUCUUUGUUGAAUAUACCACCUCUUUUGCCUUCAUAAUUUUAAUAAUAUUAAAGUUUAUACAGUACAAACCUACUUCUUCACCUUUGUUGAAAAUGAACAUAUUUGAGGAUAUUGGGGUCAUAAAUUGUCACUUUGACUAUAUAUUGUCCAGUUAUUGCACUGGUAAAAGAACAUGGAGCAGAGGCGGAUAUUAACUCCUUCUUUUUUUACUUUUAAGGGUGCAGUACAAUCAAGUUACCAGAUCAGAUGAUCUGAACGGGCAACAUUCUGUGGAAGGAGAAGCCCAGUCACCAGUCUCCGAUGAACGCCUUACCAAUAACACUGGCCAGAAUGGGAUCGGUGGAAUAGACUGUGACUCUGUAUAG